GAAAAAAUAAAAGCGAAGAGAUAAUAAUAUCUAGUGUAAGAGGGUUUUGGUUGGGGGUUUGCAAAUUGCAACUGCACCUUGAAGUUGAAGUGUCUUCUUCUUUACACACACAAUCUGGUAAUCUAUUUUCCUUUUCGCUUAAUCUUAAUUCCUUGCUUUUAUCUCAACAAAAACGAUGGAACCUAAACAAUUAUCCCUUACUUCACCCAAACUCUCUUUUUUAUCAUCUUCUUCUACCCCUUUAUCAUUUUUCGUCUCAAACAAACUUCAAUUUCUGAAAAAACCUAAUCUUUCCGUUAAACUCAAUUGUUCCCUUCAAAAAUCCCAAUUUUUGGGAACCAAUUUAGGUUUGUUUGUUCCAUCUGAGUCAUCACAUGUUGGUAGACCUAGGUUUCAAAUUGGGCCGAUUAGAGCUGCUGUGAAGAGAAGAAAAGAGAUGCCUUUUGAUAAUGUGAUUCAGAAAGACAAGAAGCUUAAAUUCGUUCUCAAGGUGAGGAAAUUACUAGUCACUCAACCUAAUAAGGUUAUGUCUCUUCAGGAAUUAGGUAAGCAUAAAAGGGAAUUAGGGUUAGAUAAAAAGAGGAGAUUGAUUGCAGUUUUGAAGAGAUUUCCUGGUGUUUUUGAGAUUAUGGAAGAAGGGUGUUUUUCUCUUAAGUUCAAAAUGACUUCUGAGGCUGAAAGGCUUUAUCUUGAGGAGUUGAGGGUUAGGAAUGAAAUGGAAGAUAUUGUAGUUACCAAGCUUAGGAAAUUGUUGAUGAUGUCUUUGGAAAAGAGGAUUUUGAUAGAGAAAAUUGCUCAUUUGGCGGCUGAUUUGGGACUUUCGAGAGAAUUCCGCGACACGGUUUGUCAGAGGUAUCCGGAGUUUUUCAAAGUUGUUGAGACGGAAAGAGGUCACGCGCUUGAAUUAACACAUUGGGAUCCUCAGCUUGCGGUUUCUGCGGCCGAGCUAUCUGCGGAAGAUAAUCAAAUUAGAGAAAUGAAAGAGCAGAAUUUGAUUAUAGAUAGGGCUCCCAAGUUCAAUAGAGUAAAGCUUCCUAAGGGUCUUAAUCUUUCAAAAGGUGAGAUGAGGAAGAUAAUGCAGUUUAGAGACAUUCCUUACAUAUCGCCAUACUCGGAUUUCUCAAUGCUUGGUUCGGGAACGCCGGAGAAAGAGAAGCAUGCUUGUGGAGUUAUUCAUGAGGUUUUGAGUCUCACGCUUGAGAAGCGGACUCUUGUUGACCACUUGACCCAUUUCCGUGAAGAGUUUAGAUUCUCUCAGCAAUUGAGAGGGAUGUUGAUAAGACAUCCCGAUAUGUUUUAUAUCUCUUUGAAAGGAGACAGGGACUCUGUGUUUCUUAGGGAAGCAUAUCGAGAUUCUCAGUUGGUAGACAAGGACAGAUUGUUACUUAUAAAGGAGAAACUUCGCUCUCUGGUUGAUACUCCACGAUUUCGUAAAGGUAGAGGUGCUGCCCACACUAGAAUUGGAGAUGACACAGAAGAGAAUGAUAUUGAUAACAGACAAGAUGAAAGUGGUGAUGAGGAACAAGAAUGGUCAGAAGGUGAUGACUUAAACAGUGACAGUGACAGUGACGAUGAUGAUGAUAAUGAUGAUGACUGGAUUGAUGAAGAAGAUGACGAUGAGACACCGCCAGAUUUUGAUGAGGAGGACGCUGAAACAUUGGAGAUUGAAAAGAGAAAGACAAUUACACGCGUUCAAGACACAAGACAGAAUAAUGAAAGGGUCCUUGCUCCAUCAUUCCCUGAUGGUCGGCCCAGAGAACGGUGGUAAUCUUGAAAAAUCUUUUCAAGUCCGUGCUCGGAGUUUUUCUUGAAAGAAAGCAUUAGGCCGAUGGUAUUUAGGGAGUGAGUUUGGCUCCACUAUCUAGGAAGAAUAUAGCAUCCUUCUUUGAACAUCCAUGGUUCUUGAAUUUUCUAUGUAAACAACAAAGUAGAUAUUAUGUCCAAAUCAUAACAAAAUGUCCAACUGAUUUAGAUGACUAUAUUUGUUGCUGCAUAUCUUCUUUAUAUAGAUUUCUCAUGGUUGAAACAUUUA